CAAUAAAAUAAUUUCCAAAUUUCCACCGUCUCUCUUCUCACUUUCUGCGACAGCUCACCUUUUCGUUUCCUCUUUGAUCUUCCCCCAAAUCGCACUGCCCGCUGAAGCAUAUUUUUUAGUUGCCGUUUACUACUUCCAAAAAUUUAAAACUACGCAGUAGAUAUACUGGAUCACAGAUUGCACUGUGUAGAUAUAUACAUAUACAGAUGGCCGGUGGGUAUGUUAGAUCAGACGAUGAUUACGAUUACCUGUGCAAGGUAGUGCUGAUAGGCGACUCCGGCGUCGGAAAGUCAAAUCUGCUGUCCCGAUUUACUCGGAACGAGUUCAACCUCGAGUCAAAGUCCACCAUUGGUGUCGAGUUCGCCACUCGCAGCAUCCGUGUUGACGACAAGGUCGUCAAGGCUCAGAUUUGGGACACCGCCGGCCAAGAAAGAUACCGUGCCAUUACAAGUGCAUACUAUCGAGGGGCUGUAGGGGCUUUGCUUGUAUAUGAUGUUACCCGUCACGUGACAUUUGAAAAUGUGGCUAGAUGGUUAAAAGAGCUUAGAGACCACACUGACCAGAAUAUUGUCAUAAUGCUGGUGGGAAAUAAGGCUGACCUACGUCACCUACGAGCUGUUUCUACGGAGGAUGCAAAGGCCUUUGCAGAAAGAGAGAAGACCUACUUUAUGGAAACAUCAGCUCUCGAGUCAUUGAAUGUCGAGAAUGCCUUCACAGAAGUAUUAACUCAGAUAUAUCAUGUGAUUAGUCGGAAAGCACUUGAGGUUGGGGAUGAUCCGGCAGCCCCACCAAAGGGGCAAUCUAUAGACGUUGGCAAGAGUGACGUUUCUGCUCUUAAGAAUGUCAAUUGCUGCUCUGUUUGAGAUUCCCACUUUAGCAUUCCCGUUUUGUUUUUAAUUUUAUUCUGCCUGUCAAAUGUAGUGUUUCAAUUCAUGGUGAAUUUGCUGUCAUAGUCUCAACCCUUUCCCUGAUCUCAUUUUCAUAGUCUCCACUUAAGCAUUUCAUGUGUGUAUUGUUUCAUCAUUUGUAUAUCGCUCCUUUCCAGCCUUUUAGCUGAUUAAAGAAGUUAUGACUUGAGGAUAGCUUAAACAUUUUGUUGUACUUUGUGCUUGAUAACAAAUUCUUUGUGAAUGUAUAUUAAAUGUCAUUACUCAA